ACGGAGCGAGUGGAGUGGCAGCAGUUCCAGUCUGACCUGCAGGUGGCGGUAGCAGUGGCCGACCGGUUGAGGGCCGAGGCCGAGGAGGAGCUGAACACGCUCAGAGCUGCUCAGAUGGAUACAGAGCGGGAGCUGGUGGCUGCCCAGCAGAGACAGAAAGAGACUGAUGGGCAGCUGGUCAGCCUGAGAGGAGAGCUGAGGGAGAGCAGGCAGAGACUGGUCCACCUCACCCAGAACCAGGGACCAGGACAGGCCCAGGCUCAAGCCAAGACCCAGGGCAUGGAUAUGGCUACUGGGGAGACCAGCACUCCUGAGCCCCAGGAGGGGACACACCGGGGAAGGGAGAGGGGGAUCAGCAGGUUGGGCCGAGGAGUAGGAAGAGGAGAUGACGAGAUGGAGAAGAGGAAACAGGAAGAAAGGAAUAAGAAUGUAGGUGUGGAAGAGGCUCGAACUGACACUAAGGGCGUGGCCAACAGGUACUUGAGGAACGUGACCAAUGAGGAGAGGAGUGGAGAGGAAGGGUGUAGCAUGAGGGAGACGUGGAGGAUAGUCACACAGGAGAGGGCAAGGUGAGUACCACGAUGACUUCCUGUUUGUGUUAUUUCAACUAUACAUGAACUUACACUCAGCCUCCUGCUUAAAUCAAUGUAUUGAAGGUUAAUGUCCAUGAUUUAUUUAUUUAUUUAUUUAUUUAUUCAAACAAAAUGCAGUCCAGACCGAUUUUGGACUGCUGUAAAUUAAGGGUUGUAGGGUUGAGCGGUCGUUGGAAUGGAAGAGAGAUUAACAGGCAGGGCACUUGAGGACAUGGAUUUGUAGAAACAUGUUAAAACUGUGAUUUACUACUAUGGUUUCAGUUAGAUUAUUAAAACAUAAUUGUGAUUUUCAGUAUUGAUAAUUUAAAAAAACAUGAACUGAGAAAUAAAGUGUAUCAACAACAGUUGGCUUUGCUCUCAUGUCUAACCCCUGAUAAGUUGAACAACAAAUGGUUAUUCUCUGCUCAGUGUGGCUGUGUGAGUUGAGUUCAUCCAAUAAUAGCAAAGCACAUUUCUUGAUUUCACAGAAGCCUUUCCAGACUAACCGCAUCUUCAGACUCCCCUGCUGUAAUGAAUGGAACAUCCCAGUCCAAUACUGCCAUAAUAACUGGAUCUACAAACAAAGUGAGCAAUUAAAAGUUGGGGUCUAACUGCUUGUCUGUGUGUCAUACCUCUGGAAAUAUUUAACGCGAUUACUAUUCCAACAGGUGGCGUCAUUGCUUUAGUCAAUGUGUUUACUGAUCUACUGGAAUUGGAAAGGAAUGUAUGGUAUGUAAUUGCGUAUGAAUCAAUAUACUGUAUCGUGUCUCCUUUCAGAACCAAAGCCAAACCAGAGGAAGAAAAGGGCUGGAAAGGCAAGAUAGCUGGUCCAGCACUCACACAGGUGUGGUUCUGUGUGUGUGUUCCCCUAUCACCCACGUGUCCGUCCACUCACCAUUCCAUGUUCUUAUGUCUAGUAACGGAAGUUAGGUAAAUGACCUUCUAUUGGCAUAUCUGUGUGUUCCAGGGAAACAGGAGGGGGCAUUGAACCAGUACAACUCCACCCUGACAGAACUGCCCCCUAACAAGACCUCUAAGACCAGGUCUCAGGAUGGCUUCAAUCUGCUGCUACGCCGCCAUGGAGGCUCCAAGAGGAACUCUCUUCUGCGCUGGUGUCAGAGCCGCACUCAGGGCUACAAGGUACUGUAACGUGUGUGUUUGUUAGUGUUAGGGUUGGGUGAUUAUUAUGAUAGCAUCGUCUAUCGACGAUGAUUGGUGACGACAUCGUGAUGUGACCCAAAACGGAGUCUCGUAGGGAUUCACACAAGUGACAUUCUGAGUAAUUUGCCUUGUCCUAUUUGCUAUAGUUUAUUUCAAUAGAUAUGUUCUAUAGGCCUACACAAGAGAGGGAUGUAGGUCAGACAGAGCAGCGCAAAAUGUCCAGUCAGAAAAUAUAGUUUCUUUCUCUCUGUCAGAUGCAUGGGCAUCAGUCUAUAGUAGCCUAAAACCUGUUUAAAAAAAAAAAAAAAACGUAGCCUAUAUCCCCUUCUCUCUCCAUUCGAUAGGAUGAAUAUGACAGAAGGCUACGCUUCAUCGGUUUAUGCAUGGCUUUCUCCCGAUCAAACAAUGAACGAAACGGCGUUCCAUCUCAAACUUAUUUGAAUAGCCUAAAAAUGUAAGGUAGCCAGUAGUGCUGAGCGAUUAGUGCCUUUUGAGGUCCGUUUGGUUUCAGUUUGAUUAUUAAAAAAUAAUCACGAUUUCGGUUUCAAUUAUUAUUAUUUUUACAUUAAAUGCACACUGCAUUAUGUGGGUUGAGUGCUGUAACACAGAAUAAAACUAUUAAUAAAAGUCCCAUAAUGGUAGUGACUGCCCAUGACUGCUGAUCACUUAUUAACCAUUAGUUGUUCACAUUACUUUACUUUAGUAAAAUAUUUAGUUGUGGAUAUUACAUUUGUUUUACAUUUGUUUUAUUUUAUGACUUUAUUUCAUUCCAAGUCAUCAUCUCAUCUCUAUAGAGCUGCUAUCUAUGCUUUCUGACAAAAUCACUAUUUUGUAGUUCUUCAAAGUAAAUAAGGCAUACUUUUAUGACUGCUGAAUACCAACUAUCAAACACUUAGAUCAUGUAUUUUCAGGUAGAGAUACAUCACGAAGAAACUGCUCUCUAUGUAUCCCAUCUUGAUCGCACAGACCUGACAAUGGAUUAUGGUCAUUGUAGUUAAUUAUCAAGUUUUCUGCGCUAAACUAUGUAGAACAUUGGCCUGUUGGAAACUACAACUCCUUACUACUUCGCACAGUUUGGGCAUAUGAUCUGAUUUAUCUGUAGAGAAACUGCAGCAAAAUGUGCGCAUUGAGCUCACAGAAAAAAAAUAUUAUUGAAAUGGAAUUCAAAUAAUCAAACCGACGUCGGUCAAUUAGUUGUUUAAAAAACAAAAAAUAACCAACAUUUUGGUUAAUUGCUCAGCACUAGUAGCCAGAGGACUAAUAAUGAGAAAAAACAAACAAUAUCAAUAACCUAUAGAAAAAUCGAAUGACAAGUUUUUAAGCUUAUUAAGACAGAAAUGAUCCAUGCGGGCCGGGAAAAUCCCUCUAUGCGAGGUUGAAAACUAAAUGGCCAAUGACCUAUCCUCUUACUAGGCCUAUCAUAAAAGCUUUAAGAAAAUGUACAGUUAUGAACAGUAGCUUAUUUCCCAAAUAUUCUAGCCUACGAAGGUGUUGUGGCUUUCAGAAAUAGCAAGAAUGAAAGUCCAUAGCCUAAGUCUAGGUAUACUGUAGGCUAUUCUCAACCACAGCUUUAUGAGAGAUAGAACAAGCAAUAUUAUUCAUUUUUCUAUUUUAUGAUGCAAAUAAAACAGUUCUGAAGACUGUAGACUGCUUCUAUCCAGCACUUGAUGUAGUCCUAUAACCUAGCGCUCACUACUGUAAGACAGGCCGUUCCUCAUCACACGGUCACUGCUUCACCAUGUGCGUGCCACACACACACACACACACACACACACACACACACACACACACACACACACACACACAAACCUCUUCUGCUCCUCCACCAGAAAGGAAUAAUAGAAAAUAUUUGCCAUUGUCUGCACUUUGCCUCUGCCCAGGCUUUCAACAACAUUAUCUUUCGUCAUGAUUCGUCCAGUUUCAUUCGAUUUCGCGCUAUAGCCCAACAGUCGUUUUAGCAGAUUUGUAUUAUUUAUUUAUUUUAAUAGGGGCGAUAGCAUCGCACAUCACAAUGUUUAAUGGGUACAUAAUCACGAUAGGACAAAGGUUGACAUCGCCCAUCCCUAGUGUGUGUGUUUGUGUGUGUGUGUUGAACAGGGUCAUCGACUCUCUGAUGUAAAGAGAAUGUUGUCCAGAUGUAAUCAGUCAACACUCAUUAUGGUGGUGUCUUUACCCUUUCUCUGCCCCCGCUCACCUUCUCUAUUGACAGAAUAUUGACAUCACUAACUUCAGCAGUAGCUGGGCGGAUGGUCUGGCCUUCUGUGCUGUGUACCACAGCUACCUCCCCUCACACAUCCCCUACUGCACCCUAAGCCCUGACAAAAAGGUGGGUAAUACUAGGGCUGUGGCGGUUAUCACAUUUUUUCAGCCGUUGAUUGUCAUGCAAAUCUGCCCGUCUCACGGUAAUUUACCGUUAAUUAACAUAAACACGUUUACCAUCUCCUGGCUUUCCACACAUAGCCUACAAGCCACUGAUGCAGACCUUUGGAACAUGUACAUUUUUAAAAGUCUAAUAAAUCAAUUUAAUAUCGCCUACACCAUCACAAUAAAUCCAUUAUUUAUUUUAGACAGGUCUAAAGAAACAUGAUAUGAAGAAAAUGUUGCAUAUUUCAGAUGAACAGAAUAGCAUUUUCUGAGUUGUCCUUAUGUUAGGUCCUGAUCCAUAUGGCUGUGGGCUACACUAGUUCAUUUAGCAGACAAGAUUUGCUUAGAAUUCUGUGGCAUUAUCUUAUAGUAUGAAGAAUACAAUUGAACAUAAAUAGAAAGGAUAUUUUCCAGAUGAAGUGUGCACAUGCGGCUAUUCGCAUGAAGGCAUGAGCUCUGCUCUGUUUCUUGCUCAGGCUGCACACACUUCAUCAGUUGCUCAUUCACAAUUUGACAAGCACUUGAUAAUAUUCUCACCCAUCAGACUAUUCUUAAUUUAAUCUUGUCUUUACGUAUAGCCUACUAAUAUACACUGAGUAUACAAAACAUAAAUAACACCUGCUCUUUCGAUGACAUAGACUGACCAGGUGAAUCCAUGUAAAAGCUAUGAUCCCUUAUUGAUGUCACUUCAAUCAGUGUCGAUGAAGGGAAGACGACAGGCUAAAGAAGGAUUGUGUAUGUGUGAAGAAGUUAAUUGACAGCAUGCCAGGGCAGAUUGCAGAGGUCUUGAAAAAGAAGGGUCAACACUGCCAAUAAUUGACUCAUUUGACAUAAACUAAUGUAAUUGUCAAUAAAAGGCCUUUGACACUUAUGGAAUGACUUGUAAUUAUACUUCAUGUAACCAUCAGUAGCAUCUGACAAAAAUAUCGAAAAACACUGGAAGCAGCCAAACUGUGAAGACCAAUACUUUGUGUCAUUCUCAAAACUUUUGGACCCACGACUGUACAUGAUGCAUGCGAACUGAUUUGGAAAAAUGUCCACACACAGGCAUGUGGCUGUUUUCUUGGGGGCCUGCAACCACUGGGCAUCAUUCACAAGUGAUAAUACAUAAUUCACAAGUGAUAAUAUUGUCACCAUCACACUAUUCUCAAUUUAUUAUUUUCUUUAGUUUUGAAAUUAGUUUUGAUUUAGAAUGGACCAUUAUCAUGCACCUGUCGAGCAGGGGAAAAAAUACAUGUCAUCCUUAUGUACUUAAAUAGCUGUUAAUUUUCAUGCCAGCCAGGUCGGCUACUCCUGUUGUAAAGCGAAGCAAUGUGCUAUUGUGCUGUGUAUUAGGAAAGUUGAGAAAUAAAUAUAGUAGGCCUAGCCUAUAGAAAGCUGAUGGGAUACUGCUCUUUUUAAUGGAGGCCAUCAAAACUCUCUUUUCUCACGCAAUUGCAUAACCUAUAGAAAUAUUGCGCCACAUGAACUCAUGGGCUCUCAUGGAGAAGCCUAGUUACUGUGACAACGGUCACGUGGAAUUUGAUUGCGGUCAUGACUCGUGACCGCCAGUGUGGUGGUAAUACGGUCACCGAAACAGCCCUAUGUAACACACACAUGCAUUGCACACUCACCCAGUGAUUUGCCUGUCAGACAUGGUGCUGCUUCUUUUAUCCAUAGAGCGAGAACCUCAGCCUGGCAUUUAAGACGGGAGAGAAUGUUGGAAUCACAACAUCACUGGUGAGUCUCAGUUAAUCAGAUGUUGUGUUAUUUAAAGACUGUCUAGUUUGUUGUAUGCUUGUAUGAAAACUCAACAGUGAAUGAGAUGCUGCAGUAUUGAAGUCAUCUGUGUUUUACAGACCAUGGAGGAGAUGCUGAGGGCCGGAGGACCAGACUGGCAAAGGGUUCUGGGAUACGUGGAGUGCAUGUACCGUCACUUUGAGAUGUAA